UUUAAUUGGCAUAUCUGAAUGCUCUUCAGCUCAGAACAACAAUGAAAGACGCCUCUCUGUGUCCCCAGGCGCGUUUACUCCUUCAGCUUCCUCUCCUUGAAGAGGCAACAAGGAGAAAAAAACAUCUUUACAGCAGGCUCUCCUACUCUUGCUGAAUCCGAACACCAAGUCCUUCUACGGCGGCGGCGCCAACUUCGGACGAUGUCGGCGACGAAGCCUUGGUUGGUCCCUGCGCCGACCUAUCGCCGCCUCGAAGGCUUCUGGGACACUGACGACGAUGCCCCUGGCCCUCGCUGCGCUCACACGCUUACUGCCGUUGCUGCAACCAAGUCCCAUGGCCCUCGCCUCAUCCUCUUCGGCGGCGCCACUGCUAUAGAGGCCGGCGGACCCAUUCCCGGCAUUAGGCUGGCUGGAGUGACGAAUUCGGUUCACUCUUACGAUCUUUUGACCAAGAAAUGGACUAGGAUUCAGCCGGCGGGGGAGGCUCCGUCGCAUAGGGCUGCUCAUGCUGCUGCGUUGGUCGGUACUAUGGUGGCAUUUCAGGGUGGAAUAGGACCUGCGGGGCAUUCUACUGACGACCUAUAUGUGCUUGAUAUCACCAAUGAUAAGUAUAAGUGGCACAGAGUUGUUGUUCAGGGAGCUGGUCCAGGGCCUCGUUAUGGUCAUGCCAUGGACUUGGUUGCGCAGCGAUAUCUUGUUUCAGUGAGCGGGAAUGAUGGGAAGAGGGUUCUAUCUGAUGCUUGGGCUUUGGAUACUGCACAGAAGCCAUACAGAUGGCAAAAACUCAAUCCUGAAGGAGAUAGACCAUCUGCUAGAAUGUAUGCAACAGCGAGUGCUCGUUCAGAUGGCAUGCUAUUGCUUUGUGGUGGAAGAGACUCAUCGGGAGCUCCACAAUCAGAUGCUUAUGGAUUACUGCUGCAUACAAAUGGCCGUUGGGAGUGGACUUUAGCUCCAGGGGUUUCACCCUCUCCAAGGUAUCAACACUCAGCGGUAUUUGUGGGUGCACGCUUGCAUGUCACUGGAGGUGUUCUUAGGGGUGGAAAAUCUGUUGAAGGUGAAAGUGCUAUAGCAGUGUUGGACACUGCUGCUGGAGUAUGGCUGGAUAGGAGUGGCAUUGUUACUUCAUCUAGCUUACAAAAAUCUUCAAAUGAUCAUGAUCCUUCUUUGGAGCUCUUGCGUCGUUGCCGCCAUGCAUCUGCUGCUAUUGAGUCGCAAAUUUACAUCUAUGGUGGUCUUAAGGGAGAUGUACUCCUUGGCGAUCUUCUUGUGGCUGAUAACUCUCCUUAUCAAUUUGAAAUCACUUCCUCCAUGUAUGCUGUUGAUAGGAUUCAAUCAGUGGCAAGUCAAAAACUGAACAAAACUGACUCUCCUUCUCUGCAGCAAUCAAUGGAUGGCAGCCUAGUGAGAUCCUCCUCAGCGGGUUCAAGUUUGGAUCAGAAAUCUAUUGACAAACUUGUUGAGGCUUCUACUGCUGAAGCAGAGGCUGUUAGUGCUGUCUGGCGCGCUGCACAAGAAGCAUUGGGUGUCUCAGCUGAGAAAGAUUUUUCGCAAGAAAAUGAAUCUGCAUAUCCUGCUAAUAACCAACCUGACCCCUCUGAUUCUAAUUAUACCAUACAACCAGAUGUGAAGUUACAUCCUCGAGCGGUUGUAGUUGCUAAGGAGGCCAUUGGUAACUUGGGUGGUUUGAUACGGCAACUUUCUUUGGAUCAUUUUGAAAAUGAGAGUAGAAGAAUGUAUCCAGCAAAUGGUGAUCAGACCUAUCCACCUAAGAAAUUCUUAAAUAGACAGAAGUCUCCACAGGGCUUACAUAAGAAGAUUAUAUCUUUGCUUCUUAGGCCAAGAAACUGGCGAGCUCCUUCUAACCGAAGCUUUUUCCUUGAUUCUUAUGAAGUCGGAGAGCUUUGCUAUGCUGCUGAGCAAAUAUUCAUGCAAGAGCCUACUGUUCUCCAACUAAGAGCGCCAGUCAAAGUAUUUGGUGAUCUUCACGGGCAGUUUGGAGAUCUAAUGCGUUUAUUUGAUGAAUAUGGUUUCCCAUCGACUGCUGGGGAUAUCACGUAUAUUGACUAUUUGUUUCUGGGAGAUUAUGUUGAUCGAGGACAACACAGUUUGGAAACCAUAUGUUUGCUUCUUGCUCUUAAGAUAGAAUAUCCAGAUAAUAUCCAUAUAAUUCGAGGAAAUCAUGAGGCUGCUGAUAUAAAUGCUCUUUUUGGUUUUCGCCUUGAAUGCAUUGAAAGAAUGGGAGAAAGUGAUGGAAUAUGGGCAUGGACUCGUUUUAAUCAGGUCUUCAAUUGCCUCCCUCUUGCUGCACUCAUUGAGAAGAAAAUUAUUUGCAUGCAUGGUGGUAUAGGGAGGUCCAUAAACACAUUAGAGCAAAUUGAGAAAAUUGAAAGGCCAAUAACGAUGGAUGUUGGAUCGAUUAUUCUAAUGGACCUUCUAUGGUCUGAUCCUACAGAGAAUGAUAGCAUAGAGGGCUUGAGACCAAAUGCGAGAGGUCCCGGUCUAGUCUCUUUCGGGCCUGAUAGAGUUACAGAGUUCUGUAAGAAGAACAAACUACAACUUAUCAUAAGAGCUCAUGAAUGUGUGAUGGAUGGCUUUGAAAGAUUUGCUCAGGGGCAACUUAUCACUUUGUUUUCUGCUACUAAUUACUGUGGAACUGCAAAUAACGCUGGAGCAAUCCUGGUGAUUGGUAGGGGAUUAGUUGUGGUUCCAAAGUUGAUUCAUCCACUUCCACCACCACUUCAAUCACCUGAGUCAUCUCCAGAGCGUGUUUUAGAAGAUACGUGGAUGCAGGAACUCAACACACAGAGACCGCCUACUCCUACCCGCGGCCGACCGCAAUCUGCGAGCGAUCGAAGCUCGCUUGCAUAUAUAUGAGCUUUCGAUGAAGUCCUAACUCAAUAAGUCAACAUAAUACAUCAAUAAGGUUUCCUUAAUUUGAUUUCAGAAAUGUGGUUGCAGCUCCAUUCAAGUAGUGCACCUUCAACCUGCUUUACAGAAUCUCUUUUCCAUUAUGUGCUAUGAAAACAGUGUGUUCUUAUAUGCACUAGAGUGUAAUUUUUUUUUAUUUUUAUGAAUGGAUCAUAACUGUAAUUUUGUACAACUGUGUAUGUGUUUGUAUUUUUAAGCUGGAGGUGUUGUAAAUUAAGAUAGUUUUCAGCAGUUGAUUUUAAUGGUUUUCUUUCUUGAAGAUGGAGCACUGAAGAAUAAAAUCUCCAAUUCAUCAUAGCA